GGAGACCAGCGUUGAAGCUCUCUGCGGGGGCCAGCUGCAAGCUCGGGCAGGCUUUGCAGACUGUGGGGCUUCCCAUGCCACGGCCAGUGGGAGGAAUGAGAGGAAUGUGCCAUGUGGGCUGAGCAACAUGCUCCCAAAGGCAAGGGUGAGAGCAGAGCCCAGGGCAGUGGUGGGGCCAGCACAGGGCAGCAAUGCCAGCCAGCAGGAUGAGACACGCCCCCCCCAGCUCUGUGGUCCCCAGCACAAGAAGGACAUAGACCUGUUAGACAGCAUCCAAAGGAGGGCCAUGAAAAUGACUGGAGGGCUGGAACACCUCUCCUAGGAGGAAAGUCUGAGAAGAGAAGGCUCUGGGGACACCUCAUUGCAGCCUUUCAGUACCUAAAGGGGGCUUAUAAGAAGGAUGGAGAGGGGCUUUUUACUAGGGCCUGUAGUGACAGGGCAAGGGGCAAAGGUUUUAACCUAAAAGAGGAUAGAUUUAGAUUAGAUAUAAGGAAGAAAUUCUUCCCUGUGAGGGUGGUGUUGCCCAGAGCAGCUGUGGAUGCCCCAUCCCUGGGAUGCUCAAGGCCAGGCUGGACGAGGCUCUGAGCAACCUGCCCUGGUGGAAGGUGUCCCUGCCUGUGGCAGUAGGGUUGGAACAAGGUCUUUAAAGGUUUCUUGGGAGAAUUCAACUUGCCAGAUGUCUCUGGAACUACAGCACAGCAGAGAGGGAACAGUCCGGGGGUUCCCGGAGCAUGUGGAAGAGAACUGUCUGACACGGCUGGCGGGGGAGCCAGCCAGGGACGGUGCCCGCUGGAGCUGCUGUUUGUGAGGGGAGAAGGGCUGGGGGGUGAUGUGAUGGCUGGAGGCCACCUCGGGCGCAGCGAUCACAAAAUGAUGGAGUUUUCCAUUCUCGGAGAAGGAGGGAGGUCAGCAGAACUGCCCCCUUGGACUUGUGGAGGGCAGACUGGGCUGUUGAGGAGCCUGGCUGACAGGGUCCCUGGGCAGGCAGCCCUGAAGGGCCAAGGGCUCCGGCAAGGCUGGACAGUCUUCAAGCAGGAGGUCUUCAAGGCGCAGGAGCAGGCUGUGCCCGUGUGCCGACAGAUGAGCCGGCGGGGAAGACCAGCCUGGCUGAGCAGAGAGCUUGGGCUGGAACUCAGGGAGAAAAGGAGUUGAUGUCCUUUGGAAGAGGGGGCAGGCAGCUCUGGACUACAGAGAUGUAGCAGGGAGAAAAUCAGAAGGGCCAAAGCCCAACUAGAACUUAAUCUGACUACUGCCGUAAAAGACAAUAAAAAAUGUUUCUAUAAAUACAUUAGCAACAAAAGGAGGGCUAAGGAGAUUCUCUGUCCUUUAUUGGAUGCGGGGAGAAACAAGGGUGAGGAAAAGGCUGAGGUACUUAAUGCCACCUUUGUCUGAGUCUUUAAGAGUAAGACCAGUUGUUCUCUGGGUCCCCAGCCCCCUGAGCUGGAAGACAGGGAUGGGGAGCAGAAUGAGAAGGAGAAAUGGUCAGUGCCCUGCUGCACCACUCAGGCACACACAGGUCUCUGGGGCUGGAUGGGAUCCUCCCGAGGACACUGAGGGAGCUGGCACAAGUGCUCACCGAGGCACUUCCCAUCGUUUGUCAGCGGCCCUGGCUAACUGGGGGGGUCCCAGCAGACUGGGGGUCAGCAAAUGUGACGCCCAUCUACAAGAAGGGCUGGAAGGAGGAUCUGGGCACCUACAGCCCUGUCAGCCUGACCUCGGUGCCGGGGAAGUUUAUGGAGCGGAUCAUCUUGAUGCCAUCACGUGGCACAUCCAGGGCAACCAGGGGAUCAGGCCCGGCCAGCGUGGGUUUGUGAAAGGCAGGUCCUGCCUUAAGAGACGUUAUCGCUCUCUACAGCUGCCUGAAAGGAGGUUGUAGGCAGGUGGGGGUCGGUCUCUUCUCCCAGGGGAAAAGCAAUAGGGUGAGAGGAAAGGGCCUCAAGUUGCACCGGGGGAGGUUUAGAUUGGGUGUUAGGAAUAAUUUCUUCACCGAAAGGGUUGUCAAUCAUUGGAACAGACUGCCCAGGGCAGUGGGUAAGUCACCAGCCCUGAAGGUAUUUAAAAGACAUGUAGAUGUGGCACUUAGGGACACGGUUUUGUGGUGGGCUUGGCAGUGCUGGGUUAACGGUUGGUCUUGAUGUUUUUAAGGUCUUUUCUAAUCUAAACGGUGCUAUGAUUCUAACCCAAACCAUUCUCUGACGCUGUGCCCAUCGCCCCCCGCCUCGCCGGCAGACGGUGCCGGGUCAAAAGGCGCAUUGUGCAUUGUGGCUGGGGCUGGGGCUGGGACCAAGCCGUGGUGCCGGCCGGGCAGUGAGCAGCACGCUCGCCCUGCCCGCGCUGCGGCUUGCGGCUGGUGGUGUUGCUGGACACAUGGGCUGCUGCUGGGGGACCCCCUGGCACCAGGAGCUGUCCCUGGGAUGCACAGGUAAGCUGUCUGUGGGGAUGCCAUGGCCCUGGUCUGUCUGAGCAGGGCUGCGAAACCGGUGGCUGCAGUUCACCCCACUGCCGGGGCUGCUGGAGAGACUCCGGCGCUGAGCGCUGGCUCCCUAUGACUGCUUGCCUGCCUUUCCAGAGAUGGUGCCUGGGUUCCCUCCUCUUGCUGGACGCUUGCUGUGUCACUAGAUUUGGGUGCGUGGGGAACAAGGCAGGGCAUUUUGGGCGGGGAGGGAAGAGGAUGACUCAGAGAGUUGGUUUAUUCCCACACUUUUGUUGGCUUUUCAGGAACCCCCUUGCCACCCCUGUUCUGCUGCCACUGCUGCCCAGGAGCACCCCAAGCAUCGCAAAGCUCGCAGAGCCCAUGGGGUGCUGCCAGACCCCGAGGCACAAUUCUCAUACCGGCAUGCCUAAAUGAGCUAAUGGGGCUGUGCUAACGAGCUGGAGGAGGGAGGUGGCUCAGGGCCAGUGGCUGUGGCCACGUGUCCCUUGGGAGAGCAGGUGCCAGCGAGUGCCACCAAUGCGUCAGCCCCAGCUGCCAGGAGUGUGGCCCCAAGAGCUGGGACCGCGCUGGGCUCUGGGCUGGGGCUGUUUCCUGCCCACUGUUACAAAAUAUUUCAGCACCGGGGAGGUAAAUGAGUCACUGGCAUGACUGGGAACGACUCCCCACCAGCAGUUUCAAUUGGUCUCUUGAAAAUGUUCCCAGUUCCCUUUCUGAGCCUGGCCCAAACAAAAAUAAAUACUGAAUCGGUGAGUGUGGUGGGGAGCAAAUCCACUUCUUCUCUCACCCAAGCAAGCCCUGGCCCCUGCCUGGCUCUGCAGAGACCCACCAGCAUGCUGUGUCAUUCUGCUGUCAGAGGUGGCACGACCAGUGUCCGACCUGCCACCUCCUUCAGCACUUCAUAUAGAGACCUCUUGGGCAGGGAGCAUCCUGCUGGGGAUCCAAAUGUCUCUCUCCACCACCCGUCUUCCCCAGGCGAAGAGUGUGAGUCCUGCUGCCCCCACUCACCUGUGCUCCUGCCCUGCUGGGACCACCUGCAGCACACCGCAGCCGAGCGCCGGGGAAAAUGGUGGCAGGAGAAGACCAUGGCAUCAGGUAAGGCUGGAGCAUCAGAACCAAACAAUUGUGCUACCAAAGCAGCAGAAGGCUCGCCGGACACCUCCUUGGUGCUGCUGGCUGUCGGGGAGAGCUUCCCACCAGAUUUCGCUCUUCUUCUCCGUUGAAAGCCGCUCCUCCCGAUGCCUCAAUUCCCAGCUCCAGGAAGCAGCCAGAAAGAAGCUGUGGGCCCUGGAGAGUGAUGACAAAGAUGUCUGUGCCCUGUUCAAGGAGCUGUCAGCCAGGCUGGUCUGUAUGCAAGCACAGGAGGAUCGGUUCCUCCUCACUUUCAAAACCCUAGAAGAAGUCUGGAAGUUUUCCACGUAUCUGACUUUAGGGUAUGUGGGAAGCUGUCUGGAGCAGCUUCUCUUUGACCAGGACUAUUGGCUGAACUGUGCUCUGAUGGAGGACACAGAGAUCAGAGUUACUGUGGAUGAAGAUCGCUUGGCCACUAUAUAUAUGGGUCUGCUGCUCCAGGAGGGUAACUUUUUUUCCAGAGCUGUGCCUGGUGCCUGGCAGCCGGAGCAGAAGGGAGAGGAAGGCCUGCAGCUCUACAGGAAUGAGCUGAUCCAUGUGAAGAAUGUUGGAGAGGAGUCUAAGUGGGAAGGGAUGUCCUUACUGACAGGUCAGCGAGGCCUGGUGCCUGUGACAGCUCUGGAGCCAAUACCUCACCCAUUUUACCAGUGGUUCCUGAAGAAUUAUGCUGUGAGUUUUGGCAUCUCCCAGGAGAUCAGUGGGACGACCUCUCAGACAAUUGUCAAAGGCAGGUGCACAGCCACAGAGGACCACAGAGGAGCAGCAUGGGAUGAACUGAGUUUCUCCAAAGGAGAUGGCAUAGAAGUCAUUGGCUUCUUCAUUCCAGGACUUCCAUGGUUUGUGGGCAAAUCCCUCAGCAGUGGGAGCAUCGGCUUUGUCCCGACCCGAUACAUAAGUCCUGAGGCUUGCGAACCUCUGGGAAAGGGCUUGGUGUUUCUGAGUGAAGAAGAAAAAUCCCCGUUCCUGCGCAUCCCCUGCAAUGGUGGCGAGCAGCACUUCACCACCCUCCUCAGUGACCUGGCACGCACAGACAUCACCUCCGUGUACCGGCUGGAAGGUUUUGAACCUACAGCCAUGUUCCCGAAGGUGCCAUCAGAGGCUGUUCUUCGUGGCUAUAAAGAUACCCAGCUGCUCCAGUCUUGGGAGGAAAUGAAUGACUUGGCUACAACUAGUACCUCCGAGCUGUCUAGCCCAGGGAGUGAAUCAGCCCCUGCUACACUGGAAGAUGUUCUCCUGGAGAAGCUGGAUGAUUUUGAUGAUCCCAAGUUUUUUAUUGACCUGAAUGCUGGACACAUGGAAGAUGCUGAUGUGUUUGACCCCAUAUUGACCUUCCUUAACCAAGACAGUUAUGUACCCAGUUUCCAGAGCCUCUAUGAUCUCAAUUUUUCCUUCCUCAACUCCACUUUUUAUGGUUUCUCUGAUGAGGAUGAGCUGGUCUUGUACCUAGAGACGUCCAGGAACUGGGCCAAGAGGACUCAUUCAGUGUGGGCUCAUGUCAGGCUCUGUUUCCUCUUGGGUAAGCUCUGCAUCAAAAAGGUCAAGUUCUCUCAGGCUCGAGUCUACUUUGAGGAAGCCAUGAGUGUCAUGGACAGGGGCUUUGGGGACCUGCCCCUGCUGGCUGCCUUGCAUGUGAACCUUGCCUCUGUUUACUUGAAACAGAACAUGAAGCCCAAGUUCUCCUCCCUACUGGGAAAAAUGGUGGCCUUGCUUGUCUGCCUGCCUGGCCGCUCUUUCAGCUCUGAGAAUGAGCUGGAAGUCAUGAUGUACAUCCUGAGGGAAGCCGUUGCUGUGGGUAAUGCUCCCUUGGAGGCACGGGUCUGCUUCCUUAUUGUCAAGCUCUUCCUACAACUGGGCAAAACCGAUGAAGUGCUGCCCUUUACUGAGCAUCUUCAGUGUCUCACCGCCACUGUACUCAGCACGGACACUAGUUCUGUGCCGCUGGAUGCCACCCCCAUCUUGAGCUACCUGUAUGAGAAGAAGUACUUGCCAAAUAUCGCACUGGCCUCCGCCAGGUUGUUUGUUCCCAGUGGCAUCAAGGGGGCACCAACACCUAUUUGGAAAGCUGGCUUCAUCCUCCAAAAUGCAUCCAAACUCCUGGGAAGCAAACCGGAGAGGAGCAGCAUCCCAGCACUGGCUUGUUUCUAUCUCAAGCAAGCACUGCAUUUCUCCUGCGAGACCAAAGCUGUGCCCAUGCAGAGGACGUUGUGUGCCAUCUUGUCAAGGAUGUACCUCCAGCAUGGCGCGUUGGAUGGGGCAGUUAGUUAUGCAGCCACGGCUGUAACCCUCAGCAGACUGAUGGGUGAGGAGGAGGCUUUCGAGUCUUCCCUCUCUUUGGCUUGGAUGUAUCUCCUGCACAGCCAGCCAGGCCCAGCUGCAGACAUGAUGUGGCAGCUCUUGCACUCUCUGCACAGGACGGACAGCGUGACUCAGGGUGGAGCGGUGCACAAUCUCCUGGCCAUUGCCCUCAAAGGGGAAGGGCAAGUGCAAAAAGCUGCAGAGAACUAUCUCCAUGCCCUGCACAAAGCCAAGGACACUGGGAACAAGAGGAACCAGGCUAUUGCCCUGGCUAACCUGGGGCAGCUGAGCCUCUCGCGUGGGGCGAGCCAGCUGUCUGAGCUCUACCUGCUCCAGUCAGCUCAGCUCUACACUGAGCUCCAGAGCAGCGAAGACCUGGAGAUGGAGUUGGUGCAGGUGCUGCUGUGGCUAGCGCAGGCCAUGGUGAACAGCCAGAGGGUGGAAGGUGGCAAACUCUGUUACGAACUGGCAUUAGUUUUUGCCCUGAAGUGGCAUAACGUGAGGAGUCAGCUUCACAUCACUGAGUGUCUCUGCCAUUUCUACAGCAAAGUGUCCCCCAGUCUCCAGGCCUGCGUUACCUACCAUGAGCAUUGGGUAUCUUUGGCACAACAGCUGCAGGACAGAGAGCUGGAAGGCAAUGUCCUGCAGGCCCUCAGCCAGCUCUACCAGGCUUUGGGCACAUCUGAGGCUUUGAGAAAGUCCCUGGACUGCACCAAGCAGAGUCUAAGGAUCUUCAUUGACCUUGAGGAGACUGUGAAAGCAGCAGAGGCCUGGCUGCAGGCAGGAAGGCUCUAUUAUCUUAUGCAGGAAGAUGAGCUGGUGGAAAUGUACUUUCAGGCAGCCAUUCAGACUGCUCUGAAAUGGGAUGACUUCUCCUUGGCCAUGGAUCUUUAUGAAAAAGCAGGUGAUACCUUUUUUAAUGGCAGUCGAAACAGAGAUCGAGCAGUGGAGUUUUAUAGGGGAGGAGCUGUGCCCUUGGCCAGGAAGCUAAAGGCCAUUAAGACAGAGCUACGCCUGUUCAAUAAGCUGGCAGAGCUGCAGAUCGGGCUGCAGGGCUACGAGAAGGCACUGGAGUUUGCCACACUGGCAGCCAGGCUGAGCAUCAGGGUCGGAGAUCAAAUGCAAGAGCUGGUUGCAUUCCACCGCCUGGCUACAGUCUACUAUUUUCUGCACAUGUAUGAGAUGGCAGAAGAUUGCUACCUGAAGACGCUUGCGUUGCGCCCCCCCUUGCUGCAGUGCUCUGGAGAGGCCCUGUACUACUGCAAGGUGUAUUGCCACCUUGGCAACCUGACCCUGCACAAACUGAAGGAUGAACAGGAUGCAGCAGCCUACUUCCUCCUGGCCCUUGCUGCAGCGACCGAGCUGGGAGACCAGGAGCUGCAAGACCUCAUUCGCAGCAAGCUGGGUGACAUCCCUGGUGCCCCAUGGGGUGCUGAGAGCACACCGGGCCAUGCCACCUACCGGCCCAGGUGGCUGAGUGAAGGCGGCCACGUCGUCUGACUGACCCACCACCCUGGGGACUCCAGUGUGAGCCACCAAGCAGUGUUGUGCCGUGCCGCUGGCAUGGGUCCACGUGCUCUCCAGAACAACCAGCCCAGGAGAGGUCCUGCACCACAUCCCAAGGAGCUGGCAGUGUUUGGACGACUUGUCCCUGACAGGCAAGGGAUGAAGCACUUGGGACCCUGCCCUCAUUUUCUGGGAGCGGGGCUGUGCAUCGCAGCCCAGGUGGCACAUCGAGGAUGGGCACCCAGGCAGGAUGAGGGCCUGGCAGUGGUGCUGGAGCAAUGCAGUGCAGCGGGCCUGAGCGACAGAUGGCAUUUCAGGAGUGCGGCUGUCUUGUGCAGGACAGGAACAGAAACAGGAGAAUGCUGCCAUGUGCCUGCCUGUGCCCCCAGCUGCCCCACACACCUCAGGUCCCAUGGGGCAGCUCAGCCCGACCCAAAUGUGUUUUAACUUGAAUAGCAAUUCCUUUAUUUAUUCCUA